CUUCAUUUUUUUCCCAUAGGUGAACAUUUGUUUACUGUUGGACUGUUGGUUUUGCUCUACUUCAGAGAAAAAAAAUUGUGGUACAAAUACCUCAGGUUUUGGGAGUCUAAUGCUGAGGAUCACCAGAAAGUUGAAGCAUUCUUAGAGAACUAUGGGUCAUACUUUCCAAAGAGAUACAAUUAUUCAGAUAUCAAAAGAAUCGCUGGUCGCUUCAGAAGCAAACUAGGCCUAGGAGGAUUUGGUAAUGUAUACAGUGGAAGCUUGCGUAACGGGAGUCAAGUAGCAGUGAAGGUCCUGAAUGAACUAAAAGGCAGUGGUGAAGACUUCAUUAACGAGGCGACAAGUAUUAGUAGGACAUCGCAUGUUAACAUAGUAAGCCUUGUGGGAUUUUGUUUUGAGGGUCACAAAAGAGCUCUCGUAUAUGAAUUCAUGCCAAAUGGAUCACUUGAAAAGUUUAUCUAUGAGGAAAGAUGCGAUAGAGUUCGCCAAUUGGGCUGGCCAAUAUUGUUCAAAAUUGCACUAGGCAUUGCUCAGGGAUUGGAGUACUUGCAUCGUGGUUGUACCACUCGGAUUUUGCAUUUUGAUAUUAAGCCUUAUAAUAUCCUUCUUGAUGACAAUUUCUGUCCCAAGAUCUCUAAUUUUGGUGUUGCCAAACUGUGCAUGGAACAGGAGAGUACAGUGUCAAUUUUAGGCCCACGAGGGACUAUCGGUUACAUCGCUCCUGAAAUUGUUUGCAGAAACCUGGGAGGUCUUCUGUCACGACCCGACUAG